GAUUCAGCGGCCUGGCGUGCCAGUAUUUCCCGGGCGAGAGAGCUGGCAGGUACAAGACAAGAACUGCACCCGCCAUCUUUGGGGCGAGACGGCGCCUUCGGAGAGCCUCCAGGACCCCGUGAUGACCACUAAUAUUUCUCCGGAUCAACGGAAGAGCCUCCAGAGUGGCUACAAGCAUGUCAAUGACGAAGGUUUCCAGCUGCAGAGUAAUCAUCUGACUAUGGACCUUGACAACAACAUUCAUUUCAACCUGCCACCUGUUGAGAACAAGGUGUUGAUUAUUCAGCGGGCCUGGCGUGACUUCCUUCAGAGACAGGAAGUGGAGAAGAGGAGCCCCUCCCCGCCCUCCCUCUCAUCCUCUGACAAGAUGAGCAUGUCGAUCAGCAUGAUGACCCUGUCAGAUGGCAGCACCCCAGAUUAUCGGGAGGAUGGCAUGGACCUGGGGAGUGAUGCAUCCAGUCGCUCCAGCUCUGAGUCCAACUCCAACAAGGUCACACCUUGCUCCCCUUCUCUUGACUUGGCCACUUUGGAGGACUACAAAUCCUCCCCCUCUCUGGACCUGGUCACUUUAGAGGACUAUGAGGAGGACGAGGACUACCAAGAGUACAAGAAGAAGGUGAUAGAAGAGUGGGAGAGCGAGUAUGGAGAGGACUAUACCUCCCCACAGCCUUCCAGUGAGGGGGAAGGCAGAGAUGGCAUUGUGAGCGAUGACGGCACCGGCGAAGGCUACAGGAAGACAGUGAACAGCCGCAGCCUCGCCGAAGAAUUCCAGGAUGUGAAGACCAACCCGCCCCUACCGGCCCCCAGCGGACGCACUGCCACCUCAGUCGCAGCCGUCCCCGAGGAACUGAAACAGAAUGGAAAUCUGAUUUUGCCCAGGAAGCAACCAGCUCCACUCCCCCGGCACACCACAGGGGGGCACAGGGACUCCCAAACCCAGCCACCGCAGCUCCAGUCAAGGCAGGGGGAGGCCGCCGCAGCAGCAGCAGCAGUGGCGGGGGUGGUGGUGGAGGAGGCGGAGGCGGAGGAGGAAUUGGGGGACUGGGGACUGAUGCGAGGAUACAGAGAGGAGGACAGUGUGGAGGAAGAGCCUCUGCCCACCAUGGACUGGGCAGCCCUGGAGAGACAUCUGGCCGGGCUGCAGUGCAGAGAGCAGGAAAACCAUAACCUCAACCAGAACCAGAACCACAACAUGGGCAAAACCAACUACACCUCAGCCCAGAAGAAUGAGAGGGAGUCUAUCAGGCAGAAGUUGGCCCUGGGCAGUUUCUUCGAUGAUGGGCCGGGCAUCUACACCAGCUGCAGCAAGAGCGGCAAACCCAGCCUGUCCUCACGGCUGCAGAGCGGCAUGAACUUACAGAUCUGUUUUGUCAAUGAUAGUGGUAGCGAUAAGGACAGCGAUGCAGAUGACAGCAAGACAGAGACAAGUCUGGACACACCUCUGUCCCCCAUGUCCAAGCAGAGUUCCUCCUACUCGGACAGGGACACCACAGAGGACGACUCGGAGUCUCUGGAGGACAUGGACUUCUUGAGUCGACAGAAGAAGCUGCAGGCAGAGGCAAAGCUGGCCCUGGCUAUGGCCAAACCCAUGGCCAAGAUGCAGGUGGAGGUGGAGAAACAGAAUCGCAAAAAGUCACCGGUGGCCGACCUGCUUCCACACAUGCCUCACAUCAGCGAGUGUCUAAUGAAAAGAAGCCUGAAGCCCACCGACUUGAGAGACAUGACACUGGGGCAGCUCCAGGUUAUAGUCAACGACCUGCACUCCCAGAUUGAAAGUCUGAAUGAGGAGCUCGUACAGUUGCUAUUGAUUCGGGAUGAACUACACAUGGAGCAAGAUGCCAUGCUGGUUGACAUAGAGGACCUCACCAGGCAUGCCGAGAGCCAGCAGAAACAUUUGGCUGAGAAGACCCUAUCCAAAUAAGAUGCCUGUCCCCGCUCCAGUCUGCUUCCCUCUGCCAAGCUUUGCCCCUUGCUCCGAAACAGACUUUCCCCUUUCCAGCCAUUCCACCUCUGCCCCACGUCGAUCCAAACCCUUCCCCGCUUGUCCUAAGUAUUUUGCUCCUCGCUGCUUCCCUGUUUCCCCUCCUGUCUGCCUUCCUGUCCAAACUCACUGACUCCAGCAGUAGCAGCAGCAGCAGCAACACAGAAGAAGGCCACCCCUCUUUCAUUUGCUUCUGUGGUUUUCUCUCAGUGCUAAGGACAGAGUAGCGCUGGGAGAGGAGGAAACUGAUUGUGUGUUGUCAUGGAUUCUGUCCCCAGCUUCCUGUGCAGUGAUCGGCCUUGCUUUGCUAUUGUUUCUUUUUAACUUUCUACAUUCGCCACUAAAUUAUAACUGUUCAAAUGCAAAAAUUGUGGGAAAAAAGUAAAAUAAUAGUAAAAAAUUUAGUAGAAAGUCAGUCAUGAGAAAAAAGAAACAACAUUGUGUAAAAAAGAAAAAAACGAUGGAAAACUAACUUCUUCAGAACCAUUUUAAGUUGGACAGUACUUUUAAAGUAUUUCAAAGUUGACCCGUUUUUAUUCUGCACAAAUGGUAGUUUUCAACUGAGAAAUGUUCAUUUGAAGGUGCUAAAAGAGUGUGAAGGAAACAUGCCUGCCUUGUAGUGGAGUUGUAGAUUUUGGUAAUACGUUCACUCUAAUUGCUCUUCAACAUUUUGUGAAUGUUGAUUUUCUGACACGAGUCAUUUUAAAUGAAUAAGUGUGUUAAUAUCGUUUUCAUCCUAUUGUAUUCAGAUACUUUAUUUGAGGGAAGAAAUGUUUAUGUACAGAUAUGUAAAAUAAAGAAUAAACUUUGUUUCAUAUA